UCACAACGUAGCUGGUUGAAUAAUGAAAUGGAGAAAAUCAGCAACACCAAAUAUUUAUAACUAACACUUUUCUUCUAUUUAAAUAUACCCAUUCCACCAAGACAAGUAGGUAGCCGUUCUUUCAUAUAGGAUAGAACUUGUUGAACAAGUUUGAGUUUUGUUACUAACCUACUUUGUUACGUUUUUCAUUUUGGCGGUAGUACGAGAAAACCUCUCUAAAAUUGAUCAGCAGAUCGCUGAUAGAGAGCAGCCUGUAGAAAGAUCACUACUUCCCUCCCUUGAUUUCUGGGAGGAAAGUAGGGUAAUCUGACUUUUUUAAAACAUCCAUCGUGUACUUAGUGAAACAUAAAUAAUAACGCUAGAUGUAAAAAAUGUAAUCAAAAAGUUUCGAAGAGUUCCUGUAGUAGCUAGCAAACUGCGUAGAUCGAGAAAUUUUUAUUUCGAAAUUUUCUACUUCAAUGCCAAAAAAAAAUUUGCAAGUUUUCGAAAGGUAUUUACGUAUCGUAUGACUCCCUAUUAGGUUAUUUGAGUAUUUGGCGCUCAGAGCUUUCCAGUUUUCGACAGAGGCCAGAGAAACGAGAAAGUAAAAACUUUCCGGAUUGGAUUGAUCCCCAUGAACUUAUCGAGUAGCAAAAGUUGACUCCCUAUAAAAGUAAAAACUUGAUUUUUUCACCGUAAAUCUGAUUGAAAUACGUUAACCACAGAUAAAGACCACGGUGGUCUUUAUCUGUGAUGUCAACUUUCUUUGUCACGAUCAUGGUCACGAAUCACGAUGGUAGAUAUUGUGAUAUUGAAUUGAAUGGACUUGACAACGGCGUUAGGAAUGAACAUAUAUUAGCAGACGAUCGAAACCCAAAUAGAUAAGCACUUGUAUUCAUCAAUACUUGUGGCCUACUUUAACUUUGAUAAUUUGUCUGUUGUCUCAUCACGAGAUCAUUACUAGCUAAACAGGUAUCAUUAAAGUAUGGACGGUCAACCUGCUUACAAGUUUCUCAUAACGGGUGGCGGCGGUUACAUUGGUUUCCACAUAGGCUUACGACUUCUUCAGCUUCAACAUGAAGUCAUUCUUUUUGACGUUAAUUAUCCUGCCAAAAAAUGGGAUCCAAACAGUGAACAUUCAGUCUCACACAACACAGAUGGAAUGAAAAGCGAAGAAAUCUGUUGUUCCCAUGGAACAAUGAAAUUCAUCAAUGGAGAUGUAAGGGACGUUGAUUCAUUAUUGGAAGCAACCCAAAAUGUUACAUGUGUUAUACAUACUGCUUCAUAUGGAAUGUCUGGUCGGGAACAAAUGCCACCCUACUUUGACAAAGUAGAAGAGGUUAACAUAGUCGGAACGCGUAACGUCAUCAAAGCAUGCGCCGAGAACAAUUGCAAAGGCCUGGUGUAUACAAGCACAUACAAUGUUGUCUUCGGUGGAGAUGCAAUACUCAACGGGGAUGAAAGUCUGCCUUAUUUCCCGUUACAUCGUCACGUUGAUCAUUACUCUCGCACAAAAUCAAUUGCCGAACAACUAGUCCUUACCAGCAACGGACGCGGAGAUCUACACACAUGUGCACUUAGACUAGCUGGUGUUAUUGGGCGAGGCGAGUCAAGACACUUGCCACGUGUGCUUGGUGCUAUCCGUAAGGGCAUGGUACGAUUUAAUUACUACGACGAACAUGGUGGAAAGGUCGAUUUUAUUGGGUUAGAAAAUGUAGUUCAAGGACAUGUAAAAGCUGCAUUAAAAUUAGCAGAUAUCAAUCGCAAUAUUCCUGGAAUAGGAGGAAUAGGAGGCCAAGCGUUCUUUCUAUCUGAUGGAUGUCCAGUCAACAACUUGGAAUAUUUCAAACCAUUAAUGGAACAUUACGGACAGCCGUUUCCCACUACCCGAAUACCCAUGUGGUUGAUGUACAUUCUUGUUUUUUUCGUGCAUUUUGUUUACAGUGCUAUUUAUCGAUUCAUCGACUUUACUCCUUUUCUCACUCCCGCCGAAUUGUUCAAGACAGGUGUUACCCACUAUUUUUCUAUAGACAAGGCUCGCAAACAGCUGGAUUAUCAUCCCGUGAGACCCAAUGACUUAUCCGAAAUUAUUACUGAUUUGCGAGAACCGCAUCGAUCUUCGUGAUUUCAGUUCUUGACUAAAUUUGCGUUAUAGUAGAGUUUUGUAGGGAAUUUUUACGGGUUAAUUUUCUGCUAUCCAAAUAUUUAUAAUAUCUGCAAUGCCAAUUCACAAUAUAAAAGGGUUUUCUAACUUGCAUUAUUAUUAUAUUAAAUGUAAUACAGAAGCUUGGUUGGAGAAAUCAAAGUUUAAAUAGGGUCCAAAUUAUUCUGGGAUCUUUUUUUUCUUAUUACUUUAACAUCAAUGCCUCCUUUCCUUCCUAUUUUGGCUGUUUGGGUUAUUGGGUAAAUAUAAUAAUAUAAAAUGUGUUACUUUGCGAUUAUUUGCAUACACGUACUAGGCUAUGUAAAAAAAGGUAAUUAUUUUUUU